GCCCUGCCUGCCCUUCGGACCCUUAGGUUUGAGCGGGUCGGGGUUUAGGGUUGCUGUGGGUUUGUCUCGUGCCCCCUUCGAUCGAUGGGGCUUGGCCCAAGGCUGGCUACUCAUGCACGCGCUGACAUCGUUCUGUAAUUGACUCGCGCUCGAGCCCUUGGAGGACGUAAUGUGGAGGAUAGCGGUGCGCCAGCUGACGCGAAAUCAGCAGCAGCAGCAGCAGAAGAGGAUCGGGGCCGGGCUGCAGGAUUCCGCCGCAGCUUGGAAGUUAUGGUGCUGUAGGCCGACCAGCACUUCAGCUGCGGCCGCGGAACCUGCAGCGGAAUUGAGCAAUGCAGAACUCUCGGAUGUGGGAUGGGAAUUCCAAUCCCAUCGCCUUGCAUCCUCGGCCGUCUCGUCGUUCGGCUCCGCCCCAUCCCCAAUUUUACCGAGAUGUAGCAUAAAUUCUCUAGAAGCGAGUGUGUCCACUCUCGAUACUGCAUUGCACAGCGCUGUGCACUUGCCACUGCUCGCGAAUCAGAUAUGGUGGAUGCAGUGGCUAUCGGAUUCUAGCCCCGAUGUUCUGGAUCAGUCUGCAUCGGGGCCGAGAACUGUCGGCCAAUUCGUGCCGCCAAAGCCCCGUUUGGGUUUAAAGAAUUUUGCCAGUGCUGCGGCACUGGAACAUGAGCAAGACGAUGACGACGAGCAGGAGCAGCCUAAGGAACAAAUUCCCAAGGCCGGCAGCGUCAGUAUUAAAUCGAAGAAGGUUAAAGAACGGUAUUCAAAAUUGCACGAACGGCAGAUGGACGUAGAGUCAAAAGCAUGGGAAGCAGCUGCUGCCGAGUACCGGGAACUCAUGCUAGAAAUGUGCAAGAAGAAUUUGGCUCCGAAUCUGCCAUUUGUACAGUCCCUGGUCCUAGGGUGGUUCGAGCCUCUGAAGAAUGCCAUAGAAGCCGAGCAGAAAGCAGUGGAGAAUCUGGAAUUUCGCGAACAUAGGGCCGGUUAUGGACCUUUUCUUUGUCAGCUUCCGGCUGACAUGCUCGCUGUUAUCACCAUGCACAAGAUCAUGGGAAUGUUGAUGAGCGAUCUGUCUAAUGGGGGCUGUGUGAAGGUAGUGUCGGCGGCCGCGCAAAUAGGCGAAGCUGUAGAACAAGAGGUUGGUAUUCAUAAGCUGAUGCGGAAGUCCGCUAAAAAAAAGAAGGGUAAAAUUGAUCCAAAAAAGGUAGUCGAUCCGAAGGAACAAGCAGCUGCUAGUGCCGAUGUGAAGUUGAAGGAUCAAGUCAAGAAGUUGCUGAAGCAACAAAAGCUUCGCGUUGCAAGUAGUCUUGUAAGACAUGCAAACGGAGACGAACCUUGGGGAAGCGAAAUUAGAGUGAAGGUUGGAUGCCGAUUGAUUGAGAUCAUGAUCGAAGUUGCAUUAUUACAGCCUCCUGCUAGUCAGACGGAGGAAGACAUUGGCGAGCUUCGGCCAGCAUUUAAACAUUCCAUGAAAACCUUUCCAGGGCAGAGUGCCGCUCGAAAAUUUGGAGUCAUUGAAUGUGACCCCCUUGUGGCGCAAGAACUCGAUAAAUCUGUGAGGCAUAUGGUUAUGCCCUACAUGCCGAUGUUAGUGAGACCGCGCAAGUGGACGGGGUACGGAAAUGGAGGUUACUUGAUUUUGCCAGCAACGGUCAUGCGGAUUCAUGGUGCGAAACAACAGAGAGAAGCUAUUCAAAAGGCCACCCGGACAAGUAUGCACAACGUGUUCCAUGCACUGAAUACACUUGGUUCGGUACGAUGGAAAAUUAAUACGAGGGUUCUUGAUGUUAUAGAGGAAAUAUGGAAAGAUGGAGGAAGACUUGCUCAGAUGGUAGAUGCUGACAAUGUCUCAGUACCUAGCCGACCUUGUACAGAGGACGAAGCUGAGAUACGAGGGUGGAGACGGGAAGCAGGAAAAGCGAAACGCAUAAACUGCGAGAGACAUUCUCUACGUUGUGACACAGAGCUGAAACUCACGGUUGCGAGGAAGCUGCGCGAUGAAGAAGCUUUUUACUAUCCGCAUAAUUUGGACUUUCGUGGACGUGCGUACCCUUUGCAUCCUCAUCUGAACCAUUUGGGUUCAGAUAUGUGUAGAGGGGUUUUAGAGUUUGCGGAGGGUCAUCCUCUUGGAACCACUGGACUAAGAUGGUUGAAGAUUCACUUAGCAAAUGUCUUCGCCGGCGGAGUUGACAAGUUGUCAUUUGAUGGACGAGUCGCCUUUGCCGAGGAAAAGAUGGAUGAGGUUUUCGAUUCCGCAGAGAGGCCUCUGGAGGGUAGGCGAUGGUGGCUUGAAGCUGAGGACCCCUUCCAGUGCCUGGCAACCUGUAUGGCACUAAGAGAUGCUCUUUCGUCUGGAGAUGUUGAGAAUUAUGUCUGCAACCUUCCUGUUCACCAGGAUGGGUCUUGUAAUGGUUUGCAACACUAUGCCGCACUCGGACGAGAUCAGGUCGGUGCGGAGGCUGUUAACCUGAUUGCUGGAGAUGCACCUGCUGAUGUGUACUCGGGUAUUGCAAGCAGAGUUCGCGCGGUGAUUGAGAAAGAUGCUGCAGAUGAUCCUCGUGUCAAUCCCAACGUUGACAAGGCCAAGUUGUUGCUUGGUCAGAUUGAUCGGAAACUUGUGAAGCAAACAGUGAUGACAUCAGUUUAUGGUGUUACUUUUAUUGGAGCUAGGAAUCAGAUUCUGAGCCGACUCAAAGAAAGAGGUCUACCUGAUGAAUCUGCGAUGUAUCGGGCCUCUUGCUACGCUGCCAAAGUCACGAUUGAUGCGCUCGGACAAAUGUUUAAAGAAGCCAGAUGUAUCAUGAGCUGGCUGGGCGAAUGUGCUAAGAUCAUUGCUAUGGAGGGUGAGCCUGUACGAUGGACAACUCCUUUCGGAUUACCUGUAGUGCAGCCAUAUCGCAAACCAGGACGAAAAAUGGUUAAAACUUCUCUUCAAGUGCUUGCUCUAAGAGAAGAUGGCAAUCAACCGGUAGCUGUCGCAAGACAAAGGAGUGCUUUUCCUCCGAAUUUUGUGCAUUCACUGGAUGGCUCUCAUAUGAUGAUGACAGCAAUCGCAUGCAAAAGAGCAGGUCUCAACUUCGCAGGAGUUCACGAUUCAUUUUGGACCCACGCUGGGACCGUCGACAAGAUGAACAUUCUAUUGAGGAAAAAAUUUGUGCAACUGUACAGUCAACCAAUUUUGGAAAAUCUCCUAAAUGACUUCAAGCAACAAUUUCCUCAUCUGGAGUUUCCCCAAGUUCCAGGACGCGGUGAUUUGGACCUAAACGAGGUUUUGAAGGCUCCUUAUUUUUUCAAUUGAGUACUUUAUUCACCAGCAAGCUCCAGACACGUGCGAUCACAGUGGCAGAGAAUGGAGUGUUGAUAAUUGACAAUUUUGGACACUAUAGAGGCGAUUGACAUGUUUCAUCGUGAACAUUGCUUUUAGAAUUCAUAGUUUCUACCUUUAGGUUUAUUUAAAUGGCAAGUCUUCAUAUUGGAGAUCGUAGUGCUGACAAUUUACGUUAGAAAGAGAAGGAGAUACGGGAGUAGGUUGAAAAAGUAAAUGGAAGUUUUGUAAUCUAGGCGCGUUCCAUUUAAUUGGAUACGAACCCAGGCUGUACAUAUUUUCUUGAGAUCACCAGCCAAGAUGGUUUAAAUGAAAGCUUCGCUUGGAGACUGAAGAUGCGAUUCUGAAGGACUGCGAAGCAAUGAAGCGAGUGCAGCAAGUCCCACUGUCUGCUGGUUGGUUUCGUUGAGAAUCUUCGGCUAUCUGGUCUUCGUAUGAUCUGCAGUCAUGCCUGCUACCUUCCAUUUUCACGCUGAAGACUUAAAUUCACGUCUCCUUUUACCGCCAUCCACAUUGUUUUGUAAUGAAGUUGAUAUCGAGUUUUGCUCACCAUUUAUUUAGAAGUUCAAACAAGAUGAAUGUCACCAAGACAUCAACACCUUUGCGAGAGUACCAAUUUCUAUAAUCUUCUGGAUCGAGAUGGACAAGAGUGACUAUGUUGGCACUCGUUUUGGUGGUCUUUCUCCAUCCUGAGGUAGUGUAAUAUUUUGGGGUCAUGUCAUCCUCAACAGGAAUAGCCAAGCAUUUGUUUGAUUCUCAG